AUGACCGCCCUACUCAAGCUAUCCACUCUCCUAACCCUCAUCCUCCCCAUAACCGCAAUCAAGAACCCAAUCCUCCCAGGCUGGAACCCCGAUCCCUCCAUCCUGCGCCUCAACAACGAAUACUACCUCACAACAUCCUCCUUCGAGUACUUCCCCGGCCUCCCCAUCUACAAAUCCACAGACCUAGCCAACUGGACCCUCCACUCGCACGCCCUAACAAGACCAUCCCAACUAGCCCUCUACGGGACCCCAACAGGAGGCGGAACCUGGGCCCCAACCCUAUCCCACAUAAACAGCACCUUCUACAUAGCCAGUAUGACGCGCUGGACCUACGACCCGAUCGCCAAAGUCUGGCCGCGCAUCACAUGGAUCUCGUCCCCCGAUCUAGAAACCUGGAGUGACCCCGUCUGGGCCGAGCCAUGGGGCAUCGACCCGUCUUUGUUCCAGGACCCUGUCUCCGGUGAUGUCUAUCUGAACCUGAUGGCGCCGGAUAGCAAGGAAACCGGGAUCUGGGGCAUUUAUCAAUGCCAAGUCAAUCUUCGCACUGGGGAUUGUGUAGAUGAGUACCGGUCCUUGUGGAACGGGACGAUGCCACAUGAUGCUAGUGCCAGGCCGGAGGGCCCGAAGAUGUUUAUGAGGGGGGGUUGGUAUUAUUUGCUUAUUGCUGAGGGCGGAACAGACGAUCUCCACCGCGCGAGCAUCGCACGAUCACGAUCGCCGCAGGGUCCAUGGACGCCGAACCCGGAAAACCCGCUUCUAUUUAACGGAGCGUAUGGAUUCGAUAACCUGACCGUGCAGUCGACGGGGCAUGCUACUAUUUUCGAUACCGCCGACGGGGACUCGUAUGCUGUGUACAUAGCCCGGAGGAAGGUCAACGGGUCGUCACCGUUAGGGCGGGAGACCUUCCUCUCUCCUGUAACCUGGAAGGACGGGUGGCCUGUCAUCAACGAUGGGCGACCAGCUCUCCUGAGCGAAUCCUUCGGUGGCGUGGUUGACCAAAGCAACCCCCAAGAGACCUGGGUUGAUCGAUUCGACGGAUCUGUUCUUGGGAACGGGUGGUACCAGCUUCGGACACCGUACACGGAGAACGUUGUGCUCCAGGAUCAGCGGGGUGUAGUCUUUCGACCGAACGUGUACUCCCUCAGCGAGAGGGAUGUCCCGGCGGCUAUUCUGCGGAAGCAGACGUCGUUAAAUAUGACGUUUAGCGCGGAGUUGCUUCCCAUCAUGUCUGAUCUGCGGAGGGGGGAGACGGUGGGGAUAAGCGUUUAUUUAAGUGAGUUUCAGCACCAGGAUCUCGGGGUUCGGGGGUGUGUGGAUGGGACUGGUAUGUGUGUUUACACGCAGCUUUUGAGGAACACGACGGUUGAGGUAUGAAUGGUCCCGUUAGCUAAUGGUGGGUGCGGUGCUGAUUGAGACAGUAUAAUGAGGUGACGCUCGAUGCAUCGGGGAGGGAUUGUGUUGUGCUGCAUAUUCGAGCUGAGCCGCUGCAUUAUCAUUUUGGGUACAGUGUGGGCGACUCGCGGGUGCAUUGGCUGGCAUCUAUUGAGUCGAAGUGGUUGGCUUUUGCACCGCCGGGCUGGUUUGUCUUUGAAGGGGCCAGUUUUUCCCUUUUUGCUAGUGGGAAUGGAAGGCCGUGGUCUGUUGGGGCGCCUGAGGUUGGGUUCAGAAGUGUUACGGAGAGGUACUUUGAGGAGAUUAUUCCGGAUUACGAUAGAUGGGAGUAGCUGGGUCAAGGUGGGGAUAGACAUAAAAAAUAGCCUUUAUUCGCAUUUACUGUCUAACUUUCAUCCGUCUUGUCGGAGACAUACUAUGCGAGUCGAUAAUCCCCUCAAGUCAAUGCAUUAACGAAGGCGAUGAUUGAUCAAACAUAGGACAUUGAGAUAUAAUCAUAAUAAGCUA